AUGGCACUGGGUAUACCAUACUUACAUGAAUACGACGAAGAUACGUUGAAGCAGAGACUCGAAGCAGUAUUGCCCGGCUUACCAUAUGCAACUCAGCUUACGCUCAAGUCGCUUCCGCUGCUGAAUGACAUUUCCACACAGCUCCUGCGGCUUUUAACUAUCACGCCAUUGCAUGUGCUGACCGGUUCGGUGCAGGAAGACAAGGCGGCUCAGGCGGAACACGAGCUGUUCCAUGUGCUGGUCGACGCAUUGAUAGAGGUGAAGGAAGUCUACGGAGACACUUCUCUGCUGACCGUGUACGAUGUGGCUCCCGGGAUAUGGUUCCCAGGAUGCGACCCGCCGUUGAUCCUGCGGAACUUUGAACAGUUCGUUCUCGCAACGAUCAGGAAGUGCAACCUAGUCAUGUUCAUGCUGACCUUACUAGGCAAGUUCCAGUAUGGCUUCCAGUUCCUCAACGAGUGCUUCAUUGACAUCUUCUGUCCCAGCAAUUCGUAUUCUACUUCGGACGGUGGUAAGGACACUGGAUCCUACAGUGUUCAGAGCAAUGCGUCUUUCACACCCUGCACCAGCACCUUUUCCGGCUCGCUCACUUCAGCGAUCGGGGGCAGACUGCUGAAGACACAUACCGUUCUCUACUUGAACAUGAAAACACAGGCAUUCAUCGCGGCGAUGGAGCAGGAGGAUCCGCUACUAAACAGAAAACAGAUCCUUGAUACACUAUUCCCCGCCGAUAUGGCUACAUACCUGCAGCUUAAAAGUGGCGAACCGGCAAACGAGUUCCAGCUAACGCCAAGUGAAAAGGAUUUCAUCACGCGCUGUCAGCGCAGACGUGAGACGUUGGAAGCAAACACAGACCUCCGAGACAUUAUGGAGCUCUACAAAUGGUCUGAUUUUCUAAAGGAAUUUUUGGCAUAUGUAUCCAAGAAUGUCAGUCUUCUAGUCUUCGGGAAGCGUGCGAAGUGUGCGGCUCCAAAACAAUUUGAAUUAUCCGAUUCACUGGGAUAUGCCCCCAUCCAAAAUGCCCGCCUGUCAUCCGCUGUACAUCCAAGCGACUCCUCGAUAACGCCUGCCGCGGUGAACACCCCUAUCGCAAGCGCCUCACCUAACGAAGUUGACCAGCGCACCGACGGGGUAAAAGCACCCAACGGGGUCUCCAGUUGCUCGGUGCCCUCCGGUCACCUCAACGAGCCCAUUAUUGCCCGCAAAAAGUUACAGCAGAAGCGCAUGUGGGUCAAGGAAGAAGAGGAAGCCCUCAUUUCGGCCCUCAAAGUAUACGGUCCAGCGUGGUCCAAGAUACUAGAGUAUCACGGUGCCGGCGGCUCUGUCUCUGAGACUCUAAAAAAUAGAACCCAGGUGCAGCUUAAGGAUAAGGCCCGGAAUUGGAAGAUGCAUUACUUAAAGAAAGGAGCGCCUGUGCCAUUCUAUCUGCUCAAGGUUACUGGCAACUUGGAACGAGAGGAGAAGUUCAAAAAAAGAUCAAAGGCGAAAAGAAAGUCAAAGGGUAGCCCAUCCCAGUAG